AUGGAUAAGUUCAUGGACAUGACUAAGAAAGCCGGGCACAGGCCCGAGCUGCAGCGCCUGAUUGACCUCGACGCUGUUUACGAUGAUGCCUUGGGUGGGAAGCUCAUCUUGGCCCCCAUUAACCUCGAGGAGCCGGGUAAGAGAAUACUCGAUUCUGGCACUGCCGACGGCACCUGGCUCCGUGGCGUGCGCAGCAAGCUCUCGGCAGAGCACCAGUACUUCGGCAGUGACAUCGAGCCCGAGCUCUUCCCUGACGAACCAGAUGGCAUCACUUACUUUCAGCACUCCUUCAACGACCCAUGGCCAGAAGAGUAUCAGAACACGUUCGAUCUCGUCCAUGUACGCGGUAGCCUUGCGGGCUCGGCGCCAAAGGGGCCAUACGAGGCCGUCAAGGGCCUCGCCUCUCUCGUGAAACCCGGCGGCUGGGUCCAGCUCAUGGAGAUGAACGCCUUUAGCCCGCCUAGCAACGGACCGGCCAUGACCGACUUUGCGUCGAUGGUCAAGCAAGCCUGGACGCACAUAGGGGUUGGAGACUUCGCCAACGAGCUGAAGGCCACAUUGGAAGCGGCGGGUUUGCAGAACUUGCAAGAGAAGCGGUUCUUCGUUAACGUAGGGAAGUCGGCGAAGCCGGAGUUGGCUGCGGCGAGUGUCAAUGGGAUUACGGGACCCGUCGCUCCUCUGACAGCGGUUGCGAGGAGUGUGCCGACUUCCUUCAGCGACGAGCAGCUCACUGCCUUGCCGGCCAGGGUGAAGGCGGAGCUUGAGAAUGAGGGUGGGAGGGUUGAGAUGAUUGUUGCUUGGGGUCAGCGCGUCUGA